AUGCACGAGCUUUUCUCCCAAGUGCUGACCAAUCGGGACCUGUCGCGAGCCGGCGACCUCUUCUCAGUCGACGACAAGAGCAUGGUCGGCGAUUUGUCCGAGGUGCUGGCCAAGAUUCAGGAGAUAGCCAGCUCUUCGGAUUUCGUGCAGAAUGACAACAACCAGAGUGUGGUGGAAAUUUGUGUUACACGAGUCACUUCAGCUAUCAGGGAUACUGGAACCAUAGAACAGCAUGCUCCAGCCAUGUUGUCCCUCUUGGAAUCGUGCCUCAAUCAUGACCUCCGUCCCUUGCCCAAGGACGAGGACCCUCCUCAUGCCAAAAUUGCAUCAGACAUCGUCAGCUGCAUGUUUUUUAAUCACAACAAGAAGUCAGUCAUGAAAAUGGCCUUACCUAUCGCUGUCAAGUUCCUCCAUCGGGGCAACAAGGAGCUGGGCCGGAUUCUGUCAAGUUACUUGUCCCUCGCCGCCAUCAACAAUGCUGAGCUGCUCUCUGUUCAUGUCCAGCCCAUCAUCGACAGUAUCAUCAGUGGCAAUUAUUCUCUUGCUCGAGUUCUGCCUCCAAUCUAUGCUGUAAACAAGGAACCCAUCCAUGAUCACGUAAUGGCCCUGGUAUCUCUGUUGCCUCAGUGCGAAAACUCUGAAAAACUCAGUCUGCUUACUCUGUUUGGUCGCAUUGCAAAAUAUAAACCAUCGCUUUUGGAGAGCAAUUUGCCACACCUGAGUGAGUGCCUGACCCUGUGCAAUACCUCUGCAGUGACCCUACAGAUCUUUCUGGACAUGGCGGCGGUGCGUCCUCAGUCGUUCACAGAGCAUGUGCAGAAGAUCAAGUCUGCCGCGGAAGAACAGCCCGGGACCAUGGUGCUAGCUGCCCGGAUACUCGGCAUCAUCGGGAAGCUCAGCAUGGAGCGAGCCAAGGAUUCCCUGGACUUUCUGGUGUCCCACCUGGGAGGGAAGACAGACAGUUGGACCCAGAUGAGUUUGUUACGCAUCAUCAAGAACAUCACAGACACCUUCCCCACCCUGCUGCCUCAAUAUCUAAGCACCAUUUGUUCGCAGAUAGAGUCCUCCCCUUCUGCCACCUCCAACAUCAGGCUCUACCUCCAGCAGCUGAAGAUGGACUGCAAAUCCAACAAGUCCCAUCCGGUCGUGAACCAGACGUGUGGAGUGACCAUCGUGAAGGUGGGGGGUGGGGGAGCCAAGUCUGAGCUCCCCUUCUUCCACCAGCAGGUGAUCAUCCCGCCCCCCAAGGUCUCCCACAAUGGGGGGCUGAGGGAGGGCCGCUCCAGGCACAACCUCUCGGGCCACUCGGAAGCCAGGUCCAUGUCCCAGCUAGGAUCUCUGCAGGCCAUGAACAGGAGCAUGGGUCGUCUGCCUUCCUCCAUGAGUACCCUGUGCUACCAGAGUGCGUCUCGCCUGGGAUCCCCCGUGGGCAUGCACGCCAGCAUGCUCCGACUGGGCUCGUCGUCCGCCAUGAACCGCAGCAUGACGGCCAUCAACUGCAAGCAUGCCACCGCCCCGGUGACCAGGGUCUCCAGCGGAGGAGUCACGGUCAUGACGGCCCUCUCCUCCCCGCAGAAAAGCAUGAGCGGCAGCAUGCCCACCCUGCAAGAGGAAGGGCCGACAACUGCGGAAGACCGCCCUCCCGCUGGCUCCCCGGAGAGGCCCGUCCUCCGCCCCGGAAGAUCCACCUCGACCACCGCCUCGGCCAGCCCCGACUCUUCCGCCUCCCCGCCCUCUUCCACGGCCGCCCCCUCUCCUCCGGCGGCCGCCCUUCGCCACGCCGCCCCUCAGACGAGGCAAAACUCCGCCGUCACUGUCACGACGCAUGGAGGGUCGCAGGCGUCCGCCAAUCCACAGAGGAUAUCAGUCUUCGAGCCAUAUCCAAUGAGAGACGCUGUGCAGCACUUUUGUGAGAAGCACCUGGAUAAAAUUAAGGCGUACAUGGUAAAGGUGUUUGUUAAGAUACCUCUACCUGUUAGGUGCACCAUAGAAGAACGCAAAGCGAAGAAACACGCAAAAAUAUACUUUGCUUGUCAGGGGAAGGGAGAGCAUUGCCUGUACAACAAAACCUUCUUUAUCAUGAAGACCCGCAAUCCACGAGUCUGGAUACACCUCAUGUUCCUGGCAUUGCAGGCUAGAGCGUCUGUUGCUCUCAGCACCCGAGAGACAUCUGUGAGUAGUCUGAAGAACUGUUGGGACACGUUGAAAGCGGACAACAAGAGCUUCCUCACCCUCGUCACUUCAGCUUUUCCCUCUGCAAAGGAUCAAGACACGCUAAUCGGAGAAUUGCGGUACUCUCGUUUCUUCGACGUCUUCGAAUAUAAUGGUCCCUUGAACUUGUGGGGCUGCUUCCUCUGCAACCAUCCUGACAGAGCAAGGGGAUUCCUUCAAGAUACACAACCAGUCAUAGAGGGCCAACUUAAAGAAAAGAAGGGGAAGUGGAAACUAUUUCGCAGAUGGAGAACACGCUACUUCACUUUAUCGGCUGGUCACUUAUCUUAUAGAGGAGCUCAGGACGAGAAGGAGGUUCAGCCGAUCGACAUCAGCCAGAUACGUAGUGUGCGGGCCAUUGGCAGCCGGGGCAGGAACAUUCCUAAGGCCUUUGAGAUCUUCACCAAUGAGAAGACAUUCGUGCUCAAAGCCAAAGACAGCAAGAACACUGAGCAGUGGGUGCAGUGUCUGUCCAUUGCCAUGGCCCACUCCCAUGCAAAAGACACCGAGCCACACUGACCAAAGGAGCAUGGUCUAUCUGAGAAGCAAACCAUGUCUCUUGGAAGACUGUAAGUGGAGGAUUUGGAUUGUGAGUGUUUCCCGGUAAUUCGUGUCUGAGGAGGAAGGAUCAGUUAAAUGUAUUACAACUCAUUUUGGAGAUGAUGUCUCCAAGAGUUUCUGAGGCAACUUUUAGUGAAUUUUCUUGCUUAACAUUUCACAGAUAUGUGCAUCAAAGUGCAGCUGGAAUUAGACCUUUCUCUUAAAAUGAUUCCGACUUUGUCUUCGAACCGAUCAGAACUUCGUCGGUGAUGUCGUUGCUUGCAAUGCAUUUUAUUGUCAUAUUGCUGGGUAAAGGUCAUCAAAGUGAAAAAUGUUCUGGCAGUUCUGGCAGGAAGUUAUUGAAGUGAUUGUUCAAAGUUUUCCAUUGAAUGAUGGAUUAAAAAACAAUUUCUUUGCCCUCAGGUGGAUCUGAUUUUGACAAUAUGGCAACGGUAGCAAGAAGGAAUUGAAAA